AAACAACAGGAGUGCACCUCUCGAGGCGAAACCGGUAGAAACAACGACGGAUUUCUCCGAGCUCGUGGGCUUCAAUUCGUUUUCCAAGUGGCUAGGCGAUGGCGGCCGCGGGGCAAUCUCCGACCAAUGAAGACCAAAUCAAACAGCUCAAAGACUUCCUCAGCAGCUAUAACAAACUCACCGAGAUGUGCUUCACUGAUUGCGUACACGAUUUCACAGUGCGCACGGUCCGGGACAAGGAGGAGAAAUGCUCCCUUUGGUGCAUGGAGAAAUAUCUCAAAAUGAAUCAGCGCAUCUCCCAAAGAUUCCAGGAGUUCCAGUUGACGACAAACGAGGCCGCGAUUGCGGCUUCGGGUGUAAAAGUCUAGUCUCAUCACAAGUCUAGCCUGCGAAAGCCAACGGAUCUAGGAAAUUAUUGUCACUAUUACCUUAAUAAAUUGCCUUUUACUGAA